UGGUCGAGGGAACUAGUGUAAAGAUUUCUUUCUACCGUUUUUAGUUUGGCUCUACUUUUUCACCAUAAACCGGGCGCUAUACGAAUCUUUUUGAAAACGCCGCCAUUUUUUCGAGGUUUGUUAUGGUGCCCAGGCCGUUCGCGGCGGCGCGAGCCAUGAGAUCUCGCACAUGCGCAGACGUUAUUCAGCUCUGUUGUGACUGGUAAGUUGAACCGUGAGCGGGGCCUGGGAACUAGUAUAGUGAACAAAAUGGCGGACGACGGCUUUCAAGUUGUAAAGAAAAGAAGGGGUUACAAGUGCAGAAGCCACAAAGAGGAAAACGGUUCUUGUGCAAAGCUGUGGAAAAGCCGAACGUCUAGCGAAACGAUAACGUGCGAUGCAAAUGAACUAAGGACGAAAAUCGAAAAAUGCAGGGCAGAAGUUUCAGGAAGUGACUUUUUUACAAGUGUCCGAGAAUUGUUUUAUAAUGGCUAUUGUGUGGAUAAUACCUCCAAUGUAGCAGAAUCUGAGAGACCAAAUACCAAAGUUAUCCCACAGGAGCCUUUCACUGAUAUUGUUUGUUAUGGAAUUGGAAAAUUAACGUCAUGUCCUAUAGCCAGAUACCAGUUUGCAUUUUUGCUGUUGUUGAAGGAAUUUCUCCAGAUAGCUGGCCAGUGUUUCAUCUAUGAACCUCAGUUUUCAAAGGAUGAUAAAAGUUUGGUUGGAGAUUUUGGAUGUUCUCUUAUUGAACACAAUGAGGAAGGAAAGAGGAAAGUGGACAGUUCAACAUUGUUUUUCAUGCUUCAUUGUGGAAAACCUCUUUAUAACAGUGUUCUGUGGGCUAACUGGGGUCCAGGAUUAUCCAAUGUUGUCAUUCUUGGAAACAGGUUGACAAGUUAUCAAGAAAGAUUGCCUUCAAGACAGCUAAGAACUGAGACACCUUAUAUCUACAAUAUUCUUCCAUACAUGAUGGAAACACCAAUUCCCAACACUUUUCAUCAUAGUGACAUUUUCAAUGACUCAGCAAUACAUUGGUUUCCGACAGAAAUGUUAGCAUCAGUGCCUCAAGCUCUGUGGAAAGACAAUGAUGAACCAGUAUACGAUGCAAAUGAUCCUGAAAUAGUGACAACGAUUGAACGCACUGCAGUUUCAUAGCUUUUGAAAAGUGCUGAUCAUGUCCUGUAAACUCUUCGGAAAAAAAUUGUGUCCCUUAAGGGUUUAAUAAAUUUAAAAAUACAAUAUUUAGAGAGGAAGCUACAUCAGCCAUAACUGGUUCUCUUGCGUUCUCUGUAUCCAGAUCGAGUUGGUUUUACAGCAGGAGGAAAAACUGGAGUACCUGUCGUCUAGUUCUGGCUCUUUCUCUUUGUCACACGACGCUUAACAACGCUCUUGUAGCAGACAUGCCACACGUCACGUUGUUGGGACGCGAGUACUCUCACCACUACUGCUCGCUAUGUCCCGGGGAUCGGGGGACCGGGAUUUCAGUUGACUGAUGUUGAUGACUGAUUUCAAUUGACUGUGCAUAACUGAAAAGAUCUUUUCCUCCUGCAGAACUUGAGUACAAAAUUUUGGUUCUACUUCGUCAUUGGUCAAUGUCGCUAAGGAGUCACGUGAGAUAUGCGCGCGAAACCAGAGCGGUCACUUGCAAGCGAACUUUAGAGUAGUUGCACGUAGAAAUAUUUAUCAUGGCGAAAACAAACCAUCCAGAAGAUCCCGACGAAAUACCGAAGGAAAAUCCCACUGAGGAAGUCGAAGACGACCUUCUAGAGGAUCCUGCACUCGACAAUAGCGACUCGCUAUUGAGAGUACUCACUAAUUUGGACCGAAACAUGGAUCACAUGGCGG